AUAGAGAGAGAGAAAAAGGAGAUUAACACCACGUUAAUGCUAAUCACUUUGUGUUUGACACCUGAUUAGCUCAUAUAAAUCCAUAUGCCCAGCCAGCCUUACCUAUACCCCGACCGACACUAGCUUGCAAAUUCCGGCCCUUAAUUUCUAUAUAUCCCCCCACGUACUUUGCUCGCCAUUUCCCACAUCUUCUUCUCCACCUCCUCCACCAUUGCUCCCACCACCUCCACACCUCUCCCCCUCUAUCUCUACCUCUCUAUCUCUGCUAGCUUCUUCGUCGUUGCCGUUCUUGGCGUCCGGCGAGGAGAGGGGGGUAGCUUUGCCUUGCCUUGAGGGGAGAGGCAAGGGCAUUGCUGCGAGCGAGGUAGCUGGUGCGCGGCCAUGGCGCCAGCGGUGGCCGGAGGCGGGAGGAGGGGCAACAAUGAGGGCGGUGGCGGCGCCUGCGUCUGCGGGUUCCCGGUGUGCGCGUGCGCCGGGGCGGCGGCGGUGGCCUCCGCCGCGUCGUCCGCCGACAUGGACAUCGUGGCGGCCUCCGCCACGGCCGGCCAGAUCGGCGCCGUCAACGACGACAGCUGGGUGGCCGUCGACCUCAGCGACAGCGACGACGUCCACGGCGCCGCCGGCGGCGUCCAGGACGCCCUCGACGACCGCCCCGUCUUCCGUACCGAGAAGAUCAAGGGCGUCCUCCUCCACCCCUACCGGGUGCUGAUCUUCGUGAGGCUGAUCGCGUUCACGCUGUUCGUGAUAUGGCGUAUCGAGCACAAGAACCCCGACGCCAUGUGGCUGUGGGUGACGUCGAUCGCCGGCGAGUUCUGGUUCGGCUUCUCGUGGCUGCUCGACCAGCUCCCCAAGCUGAACCCGAUCAACCGCGUGCCCGACCUCGCAGUGCUCCGCCGCCGCUUCGACCACCCCGACGGGACGUCGUCGCUGCCGGGGCUGGACGUGUUCGUCACCACGGCGGACCCCAUCAAGGAGCCCAUCCUAUCGACGGCCAACUCCAUCCUCUCCAUCCUCGCCGCCGACUACCCCGUGGAGCGCAACACCUGCUACCUCUCCGACGACUCCGGGAUGCUGCUCACCUACGAGGCCAUGGCGGAGGCGGCCAAGUUCGCGACGCUGUGGGUGCCAUUCUGCCGGAAGCACGCCAUCGAGCCGCGGGGCCCCGAGAGCUACUUCGAGCUCAAGUCCCACCCCUACAUGGGGAGGGCGCAGGAGGAGUUUGUCAACGACCGCCGCCGCGUCCGCAAGGAGUACGACGACUUCAAGGCCCGCAUCAACGCCCUCGAGCACGACAUCAAGCAGCGCUCCGACUCCUACAACGCCGCCGCCGGCCUCAAGGACGGCGAGCCCCUCGCCACCUGGACCUCCGACGGCUCCCAGUGGGACGGCACCUGGAUCGAGCCCUCCGAGAACCACCGCAAGGGCGACCACGCCGGCAUCGUCCUGGUGUUGCUGGACCACCCGAGCCACACGAGGCAGCUGGGGCCGCCGGCGAGCGCGGAGAACCCGCUGGACUUCAGCGGCGUCGACGUGCGGCUGCCGAUGCUGGUGUACGUGUCGCGCGAGAAGCGGCCGGGGCACAACCACCAGAAGAAGGCCGGCGCCAUGAACGCGCUGACGCGCGCCUCCGCCGUGCUCUCCAACUCGCCCUUCAUCCUCAACCUCGACUGCGACCACUACAUCAACAACUCGCAGGCGCUCCGCGCCGGCAUCUGCUUCAUGCUCGGCCGCGACAGCGACACCGUCGCCUUCGUCCAGUUCCCGCAGCGCUUCGAGGGCGUCGACCCCACCGACCUGUACGCCAACCACAACCGCAUCUUCUUCGACGGCACGCUGCGCGCGCUCGACGGGCUGCAGGGCCCCAUCUACGUCGGCACCGGCUGCCUCUUCCGCCGCAUCACGUUAUAUGGGUUCGAGCCGCCGAGGAUCAACGUCGGCGGGCCCUGCUUCCCCAGCCUCGGCGGGAUGUUCGCCAAGAGCAGGUACCAGAAGCCCGGGCUGGAGAUGACCAAGCCUGGAGCCAAGCCGGUGGCGCCGCCGGCGGCCACGGUGGCGAAGGGGAAGCACGGGUUCCUGCCCCUGCCCAAGAAGGCGUACGGCAAGUCGGACGCGUUCGCCGACACCAUCCCGCGCGCGUCGCACCCGUCGCCGUUCGCGGCGGAGGCGGCGGUGGCGAGGGACGAGGCGGCGAUCGCCGAGGCCGUGGCGGUGACCGCGGCGGCGUAUGAGAAGAAGACCGGGUGGGGGAGCGACCUCGGGUGGGUGUACGGCACGGUGACGGAGGACGUGGUCACCGGCUACCGGAUGCACAUCAAGGGGUGGCGGUCGCGCUACUGCUCCAUCUACCCGCACGCGUUCAUCGGCACGGCGCCGAUCAACCUGACGGAGAGGCUGUUCCAGGUGCUCCGGUGGUCGACGGGGUCGCUGGAGAUCUUCUUCUCCAGGAACAACCCGCUGUUCGGGAGCACGUUCCUCCACCCGCUGCAGCGCGUCGCCUACAUCAACAUCACCACCUACCCUUUCACGGCGCUGUUCCUCAUCUUCUACACCACCGUGCCGGCGCUGUCGUUCGUCACCGGCCACUUCAUCGUGCAGAGGCCGACCACCAUGUUCUACGUGUACCUCGCCAUCGUGCUGGGGACGCUGCUCAUCCUCGCCGUCCUGGAGGUGAAGUGGGCCGGGGUCACCGUGUUCGAGUGGUUCAGGAACGGGCAGUUCUGGAUGACGGCCAGCUGCUCCGCCUACCUCGCCGCCGUGCUGCAGGUGGUCACCAAGGUGGUGUUCCGGCGGGACAUCUCGUUCAAGCUCACCUCCAAGCUCCCCGCCGGCGACGAGAAGAAGGACCCCUACGCCGACCUGUACGUGGUGCGGUGGACGUGGCUCAUGAUCACGCCCAUCAUCAUCAUCCUCGUCAACAUCAUCGGCUCCGCGGUCGCCUUCGCCAAGGUGCUCGACGGCGAGUGGACGCACUGGCUCAAGGUGGCCGGCGGUGUCUUCUUCAACUUCUGGGUGCUCUUCCACCUCUACCCGUUCGCCAAGGGCAUCCUCGGGAAGCACGGCAAGACGCCCGUCGUCGUGCUCGUCUGGUGGGCCUUCACCUUCGUCAUCACCGCCGUGCUCUACAUCAACAUCCCCCACAUCCACGGCCCGGGUCGCCACGGCGCCGCGUCCUCCCUCCAUGGCCACCACGCCGCCGCCCACAAGAAGAUGCAGCUCGACCGCGUGUUCUACGGCUGGCCGUGACCUGCCCCGGCCGCCGUCGCCGGAGACGAGGAAGAAAGCACGCAAACCACCAACAAGACGACGACAUCAACAACAACAAAACAACACGAGAUGAGUACGUACUACAACAAACCACGCUGCAACAACACACAAACACAAAAGUUUACUGCUACCACUGAACACUGUGCAUGCAUUUGAUCGAGCGACGCGCCAAAAAUUUGAAAUUUUUUUCUUCUUUUUUGUAUAACCUUUAUUUUUUUUUGUCCUUUUGCCCCCUCCUCUCUCUCUCUCCCCUUUUUCUUUUAGUUUUGUCCAGAAAAAAGAUGGUGUUUAUUUGAUUUAGUUUUUUAAUUACCUGUGGUAAUUAAUUAUGUAUUAUACAUUACUGCAAGAGGAAGAGAGGGGGGCUUACAGGUGGGGCCCGGUGGGGUGUAUGAUUGUACUGUACAUGCUGGGAGAUGUAUGUAUACGGAGACAAAGACAAGAGUCAGAGAGAGAGAGAGGCUGGAAGUGGGCCCGGCCGGGUGGUGGUGGUAUUCUUUUAGUAUAUGGAAACAAUAAAUUUAAUUUCAUUAUUCGUGC